ACAUCUCAUAUUCAAUUCCUAAUUUCGUAAAUUUAUUUUCUUCAUCAUUUCAAUGGCACGCCGGGCUUGGAGCGAGGAGGAGGAGGAUGCAUUGUUAACAAACCUUACGAGCCUUGUAGAUCAGGGGGUUUGGCGAACCGACAACGGAGGGUUUCGCCCUUCCUACUUGGGAGUUCUUAAAAAUGAGAUGCGAGUUUCUUUCCCUCAAGCAGGUAUAAACGAAAUUCAUAUUAAAGGAAGGAUCAAGAAAUGGAAGAGUGAUUAUCGUAUACUAGACGCUAUGCUUAGGCGUCCUGGGUUCGGGUGGAAUCCAAAUGAAAACAAGCUAGUGGUGGCAAAUGAAAUUUGGAAUGAAUUUGUCCAAGAUCAACGACAUCUGAGACAUUUACGGGACAGGCAAUUUCCCCAUUUUAAUCGAUGGGCCUAUUGCUUUGUUUCCGAGGAGAACUAGAAGUUCGAAGUUUAAGGCGGCCAUUGGAAGAAUAAAUUGAAGUUGUGAUAAUAAAUGUGUUGACGAAUAAAUUAAUGGGCUUCCUAAUUUGUUUUAUGUAUGGAUGUGAGAGGGUGUACUUCUGUUGGGGCUCUGUAUUGUACUAUUGUUUUGAAGUGAAAUUUUGAACCA